UUAUCUAUUUCAUUUAGGGUAUACAGCAAAAUGUCAUUGUCACAUGAUGUUUUUGACGUAUGUCAGUUAAAUGUCAAUGUCGUUAUUUUUAUAUUUUUCUCUAUCAGCAAUUUUGGUUUAAUUAAAAUCAAAAUAUAUUAAAGCAUUAUGAUUUAGUUGCGUUCUUAAGCAGAUUGUUUUCAGUAAAUUUUCAGUAAAUUAAUAAAAAUCCCAAAACUAUUGAAUGCCUUUCGAACACAUAAAAUAUUCAAGCAGCGCAAGCAUGGGGAAUAAUACAGAAGAAGAAGAAGAUGUUGAUAGCAAAUCGUCGCCGAUGAGUUACAAAGAGAGACGAAGGGAGGCUCACACACAAGCUGAACAAAAAAGACGGGAUGCUAUUAAAAGGGGAUACGAUACAUUGCAGGAACUCGUUCCAACUUGCCAACAACCGGAUGUCUCAGGGUACAAACUAAGCAAGGCGACGGUCCUGCAAAAAUCGAUCGAUUACAUCCAAUACUUGCAAAUGCAGAAGAAGAAGCAGGAAGACGAGCGAAACGCCUUGAGGAAGGAGGUCGUAGCGCUCAGAAUCAUGCAGACCAACUACGAACAAAUCGUUAAAGCGCAACAAUCUCAACCGGGCCAUACCGAAACUCGAAUAUCCGACGAAGUUAAAUUUUCAGUGUUUCAGGCAAUCAUGGAUGAACUAUUUUCGACGUUCAAUGGCGUUUCUGUGAAUAAUUUCUCGGAUUUGUCGGCCGGCGUUUUCAGCUGGUUGGAGGAGUACUGCAAGCCUCAAACACUCAAAGACACGGUCUUCCAAAUUUUACGUAAGCAUCAUAUACAAAUGAGGGGAUAAUACAAGUUGUUACUUAUUAGAUUAAUUUCAAGGUAGUUAUUUUUAAGUAAAAUAUAAUUGCAAGCUUAACCCUUACAGAACAAGAAUACAUAUGUGUAUUGUCAAACGUGUCCAAACUAUUUACAUUCUUUGAUAAUUGUAGCACCUGGAGUGUCUUGUUGUUGAGAUAUAUGCACAUUUCUCAUUGAAUUUCGAACGCAGCUCGUUUUGUUUGACAACUAUUAAUAUUAAAUGUUGUUUUGUGUUUAAAUUAAUACCCUGUUUUUCCAUAUUGUUAAUACCCUUUCGCCUAUUUAACACAAAAGGGGUUGAGCUCAUAUUUGAUUUGUUUUUUUUUAAUAUGCAUUAACUACACUACACACCUGAUUUGUUGUUGCAUUGAUAAAUAGUUUAUAUAUUUUUAUUUUAUGUGAUGCCAUUUUAUAAACUUUAAUAAAUAAAAGUCUUAUCCGUUUCUAAUAAAA